AUGAAACCUAACUUCAUUUAUCUUACUCUUUUCCCCCAAUACUUUUAUAAUUACUUUCAAAUUUCCCUCGCUAAAAAGGUUUGCGAGCGAAAACUAUUUACUUACCAAGUUUAUAACUUGCGGGACUUUGCGGUUAAAGGACAGGUUGAUGACUGCCCCUAUGGAGGAGGAGCCGGUAUGGUCUUAAAAAUUGAGCCAUUAGUGGUUGCUCUGGCGAAGAUUCAAACGACUUAUCCAAACAGUUAUUUAAUUUUACUUUCUCCCCAAGGCAAAAAGUUUACUCAAGCUGAUGUGCCAAGGUUGCUUAACCAAGCCCCUAAUUUAGUUUUCAUUUGUGGACAUUACGAAGGAUUUGAUGAACGGAUUUGA